GUUGUUUUCACCAUGGCGCGAUUUUCCGUUUCGUCGCUUCUGGCAAUCGCUGCCCUCUGUUUCGUCGCAUCAGGCCAUGCGCGCUCCCUGGUGAAUGAAGACGCUUUGGAGCUGUUCCAACCAGGCCUUGUAUCAGAGACGGUGACUGCUGGUGUGGGCGAGACCUCCAUUCAUGCUUCAAGAGGAGCUGCCCUUGACCUGGCCACAGUGCUGGAGGACCCUGGUCUCUGGGACGGCAUCCAGGGAAGCCCCAACUGCACUGUCACCUGCAAUGGGGGGAAUGUGACGAGGGCUGAUGACAACGGCGAGAAGCCCUACAGCUGCUGGGGCCUCUUCAAGGCCUUUUGCAAGGGCCAUAGCGAGAAGGGCUGCGGAGCUGCCGGCUUCAAGUGCAAGGGUCACUGGGUCGGUUUCAAGCUUGGCGGCGCCCGCGUGGCUGUGUGCGAGGGAGACAGCCACGGCUUUGCGGCCAAGUUCUUCAAGAAGGGCGAUGUGAAGGUCGCGGCCUUCAAGGCGGGCGGCUGCCUGGGCACCAGCUCCUUCAUUGGCAAGAACAAGUCUGAGGACUCCGACGCCGCCAUGACUUGGCCCUCACAGAUGCCUCAGGAGUGGGACGCGGACUAUGAGGGGCUGGACGUCCUGAAGAGGACGCUGGCCGAGUCCAACAGCAAGGAGCCGUUGGGGCAGGGCAGGUGCACCGGCUUUGGCGGCGGCAUCAAGGCCUUCAAGGUCAAGAAGAGCGACUGCGAGGGCGAGCAGUGCGAGCAGAAGCUCGCAGCCAAGGCAGUUCACAAGCUUGAGCGCAAGGCCAUGGACUUUGACACCCUUGAGAGCACCGUGAAGGACAAGAUGGAGGACAUGGGGGUGCGCAUGCCCGUGCACUCCAUGCCCGCACCUCUGUCCCUGGACAUGACCCCGGCCUUCGCCAGCUACGGCUGCAAGGCUCCCCGCUGCGAGAUUCUGUGCAACGACAAGCCGGCCUGGUUCCAUGGCAAUUUCCCCUGCCUGGGCAAGCUCACUGUCAAGUGCGAGGCGGGAGAGGACGCCCCAACUUGGGCGCCCAACUUUGUCGCCGCCUCCUGCAAGGGCUUCUGGAGCGGCAUCUUUGGCCACAAGUGCAAGGGACAGGCAACCUCCUUUGUGGAUGCUGAGUACUACGACAAGCUCAACAUCUGCACCGGCCAGUUCGGCAUGUUCGCCAAGGCCAAGAAGGCCGAGGGCAAGUUCGCGGCCGGCAAGUUCUGCAAGGGCAAGUCCCUGGGCGCCUUCUUCCUGGACAAGGAUGACAAGGGCCAGGACGCUGCCAUUGCAGGCGCACAGGCUAACUAGACUCCAGCUGGCUUUCCCAUUGCCUGGGUGGUGGGAGGCGCAUGUAUGCUGUACAAUAACGAAUGCAUGUUGUUGCUUGCAACCUUCUUCUUGGUCCCGUAGAUUGUAAGCGGGAGUUUUCAUUUCUUGCUGCUGUAGUAUGAUCAGCAAGAUAGAUGAUUUGUAGAUCAGCCAUUGCUGCAUUGAUAUUGAUUGUUGGAGCUAGAUCUACUGUGGACAUCCUGCAUGUUGCGAUGUUGCGAGACUUUGACUGUUGGAAUAGUGUUGAGAAAGAGAUUGAGACUGAGCUGAGCAUAUGUGAAAGAGCUGAGAGCUGGAAUGAAGAUCCAUGGAAUUCUUUUUGUCCCUCUUGCUUUGUAAGCAGAAAUGCAAUGUACCAGAUCUUUGCAAGAUGAGCCCACUGCACUGGAUGAUCUGUCAUGCGUGGCUAUCAUUGCUUGUGAUUCGUUUGUGACUUUGCGUACGUAUCAUUUGGCACUUUAAAGUUUUGAAGUAUGGC